AUGAGCCUCCAACAGCUCCUUUAUUCCAUAUGGAUAGUCUUACAGAUGCAGAGAGAGAUCUUUGGCGCUACAGGUAAAUGUAUGUAACAAAUACUUGUGCAAGCCUAAACUAAUGAUGUUGUGGGAAAAUAUUUGCCUUUUUCCCAAGUCAUCUCAUUGUUAAUUCGGUGUCGCAAGAAUCACAGCUCGGUAUAAUAGGUAUUUAUAGCUCAAUUCGAUUCGAUACAAGAGCGCAGAAGAUCUAUGGUUAAAAGUCUUGGCUUAAGAAGAUAUUACGAAUUUUAAUGAUCAACUCAAAAGAUUGUGUGUAUUCAUUUCAGAUUGUCCUGAAUUCACCCGACUAGGCUGCUUUAGAGACUCGAUGAAUCCUCGUCCCCUGCCGACAAUACUUAUGACCGACCGCGACCCUAGCAUGAAGGAGUACAGCGGUGUUAGUAUUGACUGGGCAGAGUGGAACGACUACAUGACUGACCUAGCCUGCAGAUGUGCUAAAAAGACAAAGGAGUCGAGAUUUAAGGUCUUUGGACUACAAUUUUAUGGUAAAUGCGUGCUGUUGCAGUCAAACUCUAUGUACUUUUAGUAUAUGGUAAAACAGUGGAAAGCGUUGAAGACGCGCCCUGAUUGGCUACUCACACUACUGAUGUCGUGCGGGAUUUGCACGCAGAAAUAUUGUAAUCGCUGCAGGAAUAAAUGAGUUAACAUCACCUGUUCUUGUAAAUUAUUUUACUAACGAUGGCUAGCGGUGGGUAUUCAUCUCGUCGCUCCACAGUUUGGAAAAUUCCUCUUCCACUUCGGUGAAUAACUGUUAGUUAUGAUCUGAUAAUUUUCUCGGCAAUGUUGAACUUGAAAAAAUGGGUGGCGGGGAGCAUUGACACUCCCUUCCCCCUUUUGUUUUUGUUUUUAUAGCCCUUUUACAAUAUUUUCCAGUAUGUUUGUUUGUAUUUUUGCUAGUGCGUGUGUGUGCGUGUGUGUGGAGGGGGGGGGGCGCUGGAUAGAAACUUUCGUAGUUUUGAGCGUAGUGACGCAUUAAACGAUUUGCGGCUUAAAGGGGAUGAGAAAAUUGGAAUUUUUGAACUUGUUUACGAGCAGCACAUAACACAGAUUUCCGUGUUCAUGCAAAACGCAGUUAGAAAACAGGUCUUAUAGAGUAAUUCAAAGGAAUACAAUAUAGCCGUCUGGAGCAGCUCUGAAGGUUAGGGAUAUCUGACUUUGACUGAGAAAGAUAAAAAAUGCGAAAAAAACAAAUAUGGUGUACUUAUUCUGAACUUAGGUGAGUGUUGGUCGGGCGUUAACGCUGAAAAUACUUAUAGACAAGACGGACCCAGUCAAGAAUGCUUAACGAUUGACUUCCUCAAAUGUGGACCACAAGACAAGUACUGUGUCGGAGAACAAAGUACUAACUUUGUGUACAUGUUAAAUGGUGAGUGUUUUGUGGGGCAAGGCCUCUUUUGGACAAUUUUGAUAUGGGAAGUCGCGAGAAAAUACCGGUUUAAGUUGUACCACUGGAAAAAGCAGACAAUUUUGGGCAAUCAUCUUAUUGAAUUUGUCAGCCAAAGCUAUUUCUGCGAGGCCUUAAAGAUUUGCACAAGUCCUCCAAACCCCAGCUCAAUCAAUAUCACAAGGGAAAACAAAUUGAUUGCCACGGCUUUACAACAUUGGAAAUCGAGAGGCGUUCGAUUGUUUUCUUUUUUUGUUUUUGUUUAAUUUUGUUCGUUACACCCACUUUAUAACCAAACUAAAGUAAAAGGUAAAGAACUGACAUUGUUUAAAACUGUAGCUUCAAGCCCAACGUCACAGCCGACGAACCAGCCAAGGACGAAACCGACGACCAUUCCGACGACCACGCCUACGACGAGGCCGGAAGAUUUGCGGUGUAAGAAACAUUUGUAUUUGGAUAGAGACCUUCCUGGAAUUUUAUACUAAAACCCUUUCAUCUAAUUUACCUUGAUUAGUCUUUCCAUCUUCAGUGGCAAAUGGUCGUAUUACAAUUUGAAUUUAUACAAAUACGCCGGCGGGUUAAGAUGUAAGAAUAUGCAGUUGAGAUCAGUAAACUUCUUGAAUAAAAUGCAACGGUUGCACGGAAAGGCAAUAGUGAUAUUUUGAAGUAACAGAGGAAAACCCAAAACAAUACUACUGAAGUAAUAAGAAAAAUUAAAUAUGAACUAGGAUCGAAAAAAAAAACUGAGAUAAAUCUAAGUAACAGUCUCCCAUAAAUAGUCGUCCUCGCUUACCUUGAUUGCAAGCGCUUGUAAAUGCGAAGCCAACACAAGGUGUUCAAGGAUGCGUGAAUAAAUGCAGCGAUUGGUCUCACCAACUAGCAGACAUGACCGUCAGCACAGGUGAAUUGGUUGACGAAACGCAAACGUAGACCAUGCGGCACGUAAUCUUUCACGCUAUACAUGUUUCUAACCUUAAAAGUAGAAAAGGCUCACUCAAUAUUUAAAUCGAUUUUUGUAUCAAAGUUUGAAUGGUUAUCCCACUUUGGCAAUCACAAUUUUGCGACAAGCGUCUUUGUGAACGUAUACUGAAUUAACCAACUUAACAAACGCCCGUUAAUGCACGGCUAAGAAAAAUGAGAACAUUUGAUUUGUUAUUAUUUGCAGGCAUCGUUUAUAAUUUGACACUGGAGUUGACAAACACUGCAUAUGAUGAUAGUUUAAGUACUUCACAUGCCGCCGAGUUCAUUGCACUCAGCGCAGAUUUUGAAGUGGGAGUAAGUUGAUUGACUGAGACUAUAUUUGUUUCCACAGAAAUUCAAUACACUCUUCUUUCUCCUUUGAUUAAUGUCUGAUCAUGACUUAAACUUGUCGUCUGCAGAGAUGUUGAUUGUACAGCUAACUAUAACUGGACGUGCUCUUUUUCCAGAUUUUGCAAGUGUACGAAGGAUAUAACUUCUUCGCUGGUGUCACAACUCUUCGAUAUAGGUAUUGAAAUCAAGCUAGUUUAAAAACUAUGACAUGUUAAUUCACGUAAAUAUUUGCGCUGUAAUGGCAAUACCGAUCAUAGACGUCUCCAUAUACGUCUCCAUAUCGCUUGGCAAGUUGGCCAUGGUCUGAGAUGUAACAGACUGACUUAGCACAUAGCUGUACUCGAACCAUUUCAAUUUAGGCAACCGGUAAAAGAAUUAUCUUAAGGAAACGUCUUUCGAAUGCUUGACAACUUUUGACCUAAUUCCACCUCAUAUUAUGUUUUUGUUCCACCUGAAGUUCUGUUCAAACUCAUAAUCUCCACGAAGUAAUUGAUAGUUUUGGAAAAACUGUUUCUUUUAGAAGUGUCUCAGCUGUUGCUACUUUUCAUUAAAACAGCCCAGCACCAGAUGGUAUGACUAUCGUGCAUUUUGUCCUUGAGUUCAACACCCUUGACGCUCAUCUUUCAAUUCUGACAAAAGCCCUAACCUUCGGGACCUUGGGGAAGUUUGUUUCACUUUCUGUUGCCACGAAACUGAGUCAGAUUGGUGAGUCUUUUGGACAUUUAUUGAAUUUUUUUGGUGAUCUCGAAUUAUCCUACAUUUACUUUCCACGAGACUAAAAAGUGACGGAAGAUGAACUAUCUUUUACAAUCACUUACGCCUUGGCUAAAUUGUCUUUGACAGAAGAGUCCUAUUGAUAAAAAUUUUUCAUCGCCCUUUCUCUUUUUCAGCAUGCUACGAGGCACCAGCUCCAUCAAUCUGUCCAAUUCCGUGCCCAUCACUGUGCGCUCCUUCCUGCUACACCAGCUGCUGUCAGCAGUACCAAUACCCUUAA